GCUUGUUUUUUAAUUGUUUGUUUUACCAUGAAACGUUCCAAAUUAACAUGUAUAUGGUUUUUCAUGUGACUCGUAUCACUUCACAUGUGGUAUGGUUUUUCCACGUGUAAAAAUCUUGUGCUUUUUCUGUAAGGGCAAUUUUGAUAUGUUGAAAUCUUUAGACUACAGGAAGGUCUUAGUUCGCCUUCAUCUUCUUAAAUAGAAAAAGACCAACGUCCGGAAAGCAAGACAAAAACAGAAAGGCAAACGUGGAUUUGUUCAGAUGGAGGUGGUGUUGAAGUCGACUGAAGACGGAGCGGCGAUGCUGCAGCCUGAGAUGAGCCGCGGUGACGCGCUGUGACUUCAUCUGGUGGCUGGAGGAAGAACACUCUCACACCGACUCUUCUCGCUUUCUCAGCCGCGUUGAGAGAGCUGACAUUCGGAGGGAUGGAGACAGCGAUCGCGUAUGGAGCCAUGAAGGCCGGGAGAGUCCCUUUCGAUCCGGUCGCCUUUUUCACGCAUCCCCGCACCAUCCUCAGACUGCUGUCGUGGGUUUUCUCCAUUGUGGUGUUCAGCUGCAUAGUGAACGAGGGUUACAUCAACAUCGGCAGCGAACGUUUACUGUGCGUCUUUAACAAAAAUGCUCAUGCCUGUAACUAUGGCAUGACUGUGGGCGUGGCCUGUUUCCUUGGCAGCAUCUGUUUCCUGAUCCUGGAUGUUUACUUCCCUUCUAUGAGUAACCUCAAGGACCGAAAACGAGUGGUGCUGUUUGACCUCAUCUUUUCUGGAGUGGCCAGCUUCCUGUGGUUUGUUGGAUUCUGUUUUCUGGCCAAUCAGUGGCAGGCCACAUCUCCAGAUGAGCUGCCAUUGGCCCAGGGCUCAGAUGCUGCCAGAGCUACUAUCACGUUUUGCUUCUUUUCAAUCCUAAGCUGGGUCUGUACCUUUUUUAUUCACAUUAUGUACAUGCAUUACAUUUCUUCAUUCUGAUUUCAUUAUCUUCAUCACCAUCUGAUGAAGAUAAUGCUUAUUGACCAACUGUUAUUGACAACAUAUGGUCAAUAAGCAAGACCAUAUCUUGUCUUGCUUAUUGAUGCUAUUGGAAAGAAUCACAUUUCUUUCUUCCACUCAAGAUAAUCAAAGGCUUUUGUUUAAGACUCCCCCCACUUUUUUGGUUGUCCAAUAUUUGAACACACUUUCACACACAAGUGUGUCGUUAUUGGUUAUUCAGUGGUAUGAAUAACCAACAGUAUCACAGUUUCACAAAUAAAAACAUCAUUAAAUAAAUGCAUGAUUAUUUAUGCAAAAUAUUCUUUAACUGUAGAGGAUGUACACCACCUCUCACCCAUUGUUGGUGAUAGCUCUUUACCUUUUUCUGCAAGAAGUGUAGAAAGUAAAUCAAUAGCCGAAAACAAAGUUUGAACUAAUAAAUUGUAAUGAAUUUACAACAGAAUGGAUAAAAAUAGUGUAAUGGUUACUGAAGCUGGCCUUGCCGUGCAGCAAAAAGGUUCUGGGUUCAAUUCCCGGCCCAGGGUCUUUCUUCAUGGAGUUUGCAUGUUCUCCCUGUGCACAGUGGUUACUCUCCAGGUACUCUGACUUCCUCCCACUGAUGGUCAGUUUGAUUGAUCUCCUAAGUUCUCUUUAGGGAUGUGUGUGCAUGACUGUUUGUCUUGUCUGUCUCUGUGUUGCUCUGCGAUGGAUUAGCGACCUGUCCAGGGUGACCCCUCCCCUCACCUGUUGACAACUGGAGAUAGGCACCAGUGACCCCACUUGAGAUCAGGGUGUAAAGAUAAUGCAUGGAUAGGUUUCUGAAGCUUCCAUAAUGCCUUUAUUGAAUUUUAUUUUUUAACCAGGGCAGUCUCUUCAAGUUUCACUAAGAUCUAGAAACUUUGAGAUGCAGAUAGAAAUUAUGUUCUUGCUUGAUCAUAGUUUAAUAAAUAAUUGCACCAUGGAACAUUUGGUGAGCUGUUUUUUACACUUAGAUUUAAACGAGGGCAAGAAGAGUUACACGUUAAACCCCAAAAUUAGCAAAAUGGCUAGAAUUCCUUCAUGAUGAAUACAUGUGCGUUAUUUUAUCUUACAAGACUAUUUUAAGUGAUUUGCUCCUUUCUAACUAGGUGGAGUUUCUGUUUUGACCAGCAAUUGAUUUCUGACAAAAUUAAAAUGGAUUCAGUAGGGUAUCUUGUUGUCAACCAUUUCUGGGUGGGUGGACAUGACUGUGGCACUGGUCUGGGUGACACGCAGCAGUGAAAGCAGCAGAUUGUAAGAAGUUGUGUAAUUUGUGGAACUGUGUGGCACUUUACAAUUUAUUCUACCACAGUUUUUAUGAACUGAUCUCUAAAUGACAUAGCAGCUGGUGGUCUCCCUGUAAUGCUUCAGUGUCAUCUUUGGAGGAUUAUGCACAUAUAGUAUCUGGAUUCUUUUCAGUAUAAGAGGUAGUUUCUCCUGUUGUUUUAGAAUUUAUGAACAGGUAUGGUCAAAGUAGAAUGCUCCUUCCCCUCAGAGAUUAUCCGUCAUGAUCCAACUUCGGGGAGCAGGAGAUCAACCUCAGUACAUUCAUGUGCUAGGAAAAGGAGGUGUCCAUCAGCGACUUUAAAGACCAGGCCUUAGGAGGAUGACCCUGCCAUCAAUCAUCCUUGCCAACGCACAAUCGCUCCAGAAUAAGCUAGAUUUAAGGCAAAUGUUAAGUUACUUACAAAACAUAAAAAUGUCUGUCUGAUUGCCCUGACUGAGACAUGGUAAUCAUGGCUCAAGGAGCAGGAUGGAGACUUUGAACUGAAAACGGAUGACUUUGGAAAACCACUGCAUCUUGACAGACACCCCACAGUGACAGGGAAAUCACAGCGACAUGUCUUUGUCUACGUAUUAAUAAACAAUGGUGAAAUGUGGGGAUGGCUAGGGAGACAAAAUGUACUCCUGACAUUGAGUUAUUUUCUGUCUUCUUCACCCUUUUUAUUUAUGCAGGGAGUUUCUGCAGAAAUUUGUAACUCUUGAUUAUAUACAUCCAUCCAUCCAUUUUCUUCCGCUUAUCCGGGGUCGGGUCGCGGGGGCAGCAGC